AACGACUGAUCACUGUAACGUAUUCAAUCUUACUGGACAAAUGUGAACAAAAUUACAAUAUGACGACUAAUUGUAUCUGUUAGUUAAAAAUUGUAUGCUUAAAUCUAAAACGAAGUUUUAUAUUAUUGAUAUUUACGAGGGGCGGCGAAGACCGCAUCAGUCUCCUACUUGUAUUCGGUUUCAGGACACAGUUUGUGUAUUUCUUGCCGUAAUGUAACAAUUGACGGCAGUCGAAGCAUUAAAAUCACGAUGCAACGUUUUGUUGGGAUGCUGGACUCCUCCUGACGGCGAUGCAAACAGCAGAGGACACUGCUAGCUGUUAGCUGUAGCUACAUUGUUGUUAGCAUACUCGCUGCCGCCUAAAAAGCGUCAUUGAACCCAAACCGUCUUCUCCCUCGCUCGGUGACGCAAAGAUGACAUCGGCUUCCACCAAAGUCGGAGAAAUCUUCUCUGCAGCUGGUGCUGCUUUCACCAGACUUGGAGAACUCACCAUGCAGCUUCACCCAAUGGCUGAGUCCAACCCUGCAAGUGGUCAGACAAAGAACCCAGUGAAGAGGAAGUAUGACGAGAUGCCUCGGACCUGCAUCGCCGGCCCACAAAAGGCAGUGAAAAAAGCUGUCGUCUCCGCUGGCGUCGCCAUGGUGACAUCGGGCACUCCCACCGCCACCCUAUCUGUGCCCACGCCUCACGUUGUCACAGCGACAGUCCAGCAUAGCAGCCAGCCCGCCACAAAGAAGCGGAAAAUGGCAGAUGUGACCCUCAGUGCUCUGAAUGACUCGGACGUCAACAGCGAUCUUGUGGAUAUUGAAGGACUGGGCGAAGCAUCCACCUCUAAAAAGAUCAACUUCGAUCAAGAUACCUUAAACUUGGACUCCGGUCUCAUCAUGAACUCCAGCGAUCUUCCUCUGCUGUCCCACUGACCCCCCCCGAAAAGGAGUCAUCAAGCAAGCAAAGACAUUAGCGCGAACAUUCCUUGUACCGUAUUUAUUAUUGUCUUGCUUUGUGACAUUUCCCUUUUAUUUCUCAAAAGAGAAAAAACAAUUCCAGACGACAGUUUGUUUUGAAUUAUCCAAUAACAGCAAUUUAUUUGUAAAUCUGAGACACUCAGGUGGGAGACACAUUUUCAAGUAAUAACACGGAAUAGAUUUUGCAUGACAUUUUUACUGGGUGGGUACAGUUUUUGCAAGAAUUGUACAAUACGCUAGUGAUACUGUAGUGCAGGUGUGUCCAAAUAUUUUCUACCACACUCCAAAAUUGGUGGGACUUAAAAACAUUUUGUACAGUAAAGAUGCUAAAAACCAAUCCAAUGUAUGUCAAUAAGAUAUCUUAACAAAACAUACACACUUUUGCAAUGUUGUAUAAGUGACAAAGCAAGUUUGUGUAAUACUAUCAAAUAUUUCAAUUAAAUUUUUUUUUGUUGCAAUAUGCAUAAGAAGAAAAAGACAAAAAAUGGCCACACUUGAGACACUCCUAGUGUAAUAAUGUUACGUCAUAGAACUGAUUGCCUGCAUGCUGCAUUUUGACAUUAGAUUUUUCACAUUUUCUGAAUACGUAUUGUUUAGAAAAGCUUGCGGUGGUCAAAUUUGGAUUAGGAAAUUAGCCACAUUGUAUGCACACACACACACACACACACACACACACACACGUGUAAAAUAUUCAAACAUGGUAAUAAUUUAAACCAAUGAAAAAAUAAAAUGAGUAAAAAAAUGUCAGUUUUGUGAUAUGUAAUGAAUGUUCUGUGAAAUAAUAGACAUUUUAGGGCUGUUUUUCUUUUGAAGGUGUUUUGUCGAGCGUGUGUGCCUGACUGGAGCAGCACACAACACACUGGUAAUGCACAAACAAGAUACCAGUAAUGAUGUGCUGCUAAAGCCGAACACACAAUCAUGUUUGCUGAACUGUAAUAAGAAUAAUGGAUUUUAUUUGUAUUGCACUUAACAUUUGAAUAACAAAUAGACCCAAUAUAAUCAAGUAACACAUGCUAUCAGAUUACUAGGGGUGUGGGAAAAAAAUGAAUUCGAAUUCGAAUUGCGAUUCUCACGUUGUGCGAUUCAGAAUCGAUUCUCAUUUUAAAAAAAUCUAUUUUUUUUCUUUUUAAAUUAAUCAAUCCAACAAAACAAUACACAGCAAUACCAUAACUAUGCAAUCCAAUUCCAAAACCAAACCCGACCCAGCAACACUCAGAACUGCAAUAAACAGAGCAAUUGAGAGGAGACACAAACACGACACAGAACAAACCAAAAGUAGUGAAACAAAAAUGAAUAUUAUCAACAGUAUACAAUUUCAACAUAGCAGUGAUUAAAAAUCCCUCAUUGACAUUAUCAUUAAACAUUUAUAAAAAUUAAAAACAAUAGUGUCACAGUGGCUUACACUUGCAUCACAUCUCAUAAGCUUGACAACACACUGUCCAAUAUUUUCACGAAGAUAAAAUAAGUCAUAUUUUUGGUUAAUUUAAUAGUUAAAACAAAUUUACAUUAUUGCAAUCAGUUGAUAAAACAUUGUCCUUUACAAUUAUAAAAGCUUUUUACAAAAAUCUACUACUCUGCUUGCAUGUCAGCAGACGGGUAGAUCCUGCUGAAAUCCUAUGUAUUGAAUGAAUAGAGAAUCGUUUUGAAUCGGGGAAAAAAAUCGUUUUUUAAUCGAAAAUCGUGUUGAAUUGAAAAAAAAAAGGAAAGAUUUUGAAUCAAAUCGUGACCCCAAGAAUUGAUAUUGAAUCGAAUCGUGGGACACCCAAAGAUUCACAGCCCUACAGAUUACUAUUGCUACAGCAAUCACACAACACAUUUGUAAGUGAAUUAUCCAGUGUGCAGCAUUGAAUUGUUAUAUUUAAAGAUGGGAGUAGGAGAAAGGAAUUCAUUGUACUCUCUCUCACACUACUGGGGGUCUCUUAACAGGUAGCUGACCAAAGGGUCAAGAAUAUUUUCUCAACUCUUGAUUUAUAGCGGUUUAAUUAAGACACGAUCCCUCCACUGAAUGACAAAUUACAACAGACGAACAUGAAAACAAUGGCCGCACUACUUGAGUGGAGAUCUGCUUUGUGAGUCAAGAACAAUUUAAAAGUAAUGUAAAUAAAACACAAAUAGCUCACCUUUCCUUUCC